AUGGCGACAACCUCCAUUCAAAGCGAGCUCAUACGGGUUCCCUACAAGGAAGUCGAUGGUACGGAAAUCCCGACGGAUGUCCACAUACCCCUCGGAAAAGCGACAGGCGACCAUGAGCUUGCACCAGUCCUCAUAAUGUGCCAUGGUGGCGGAUUCAUCGUAGGCUGGUCCCGUAUGAACAAUGCGGACACAAUCGAGGACUGUCUGGAACGAGGCUGGAUUGUGCUAUCCAUUGAAUAUCGACUAUGUCCUGGAGUCGACCUCUUACAGGGACCGAUUACUGACGCCCGAGAUUCUCUACGUUGGGUUCAAACUGGUGGGCUAGCUACAGCUCUGGAGAAGGCGUCCAUUUCUAUAAGGCCUGACCCCUCACGCGUCAUGGCUAUGGGCGCGUCAGCCGGAGGUCACUUAGCGCUGAGUAUGGCUUGGGGCGUCGAAAAGCCACCUCUAGCAAUUCUCGACUUUUAUGGCCCUACGAUGUUCGAUGACCCGUUCUGGCUUCGUCCGGUCGAAGAGGUUCGGAGCAGGCUGCCAUCGAUGCUGCCAGAUUCUGCAUUUGAGCAUUUGUAUCAAGAAAAAACAGUCUUCCUGGGCGGCAUCUCUCUUGAAGGUCAGCAAGAUAUAGCCGACGAUACGCGCAGUGUGCCAAUGCAGCCUAAUCUCAAUGACAAGCGCCAGCUUUUCGCAAUGCAAGCUAUUGCGCAAGGAAAGGUACUAGGGUCUAUAUGGCCGGCAUUCCCGAAUGACUUGGAUAUUGUCGACCCAGCGCGAAAUGUACACAAGAAUUGGCCUCCAACGGCUAUAGUGCAUGGGACUGCGGAUACCAUGGUACCUAUGUAUUUGAGCCAGGCCUUUGAAGGCUUAUUGAAAGAGCAGGGGGUUGAAACUGAAUUCAUUGAAGUGGAGGGUGAACCGCAUACAUUUCUCGGAAAGAUGGUGAAAGGCUCUAAGACUUGGGAAACUCAGCGUAGAGGAUUUGACUUUCUGGAGAGAAUUUUGAAACUGAGUUAUGCAUAA